AUGACUACUUUCCGUUUCUGCCGAGAUUGCAACAACAUGCUUUACCCUCGUGAGGAUAAGGAGAACAACAGACUACUUUUCGAAUGCAGAACAUGUUCGUAUAUUGAGGAAGCUGGUUCUCCCUUGGUCUAUAGACACGAAUUGAUUACAAAUAUUGGUGAAACCGCCGGUGUGGUGCAGGAUAUUGGUUCUGAUCCAACGCUUCCGAGGUCUGACCGUGAAUGUCCAAAGUGCCACUCGAGAGAGAAUGUCUUCUUCCAAUCACAGCAGAGAAGGAAAGAUACAAGUAUGGUUCUUUUCUUUGUCUGUCUAGCAUGCUCACAUAUAUUUACUUCUGAUCAAAAGAACAAGAGAACCCAGUUCUCUUGA